AACAACAACAACAGCCCCGCCUACAACAACAACCACAACAACAAACCCACCACUACCAACAACAACAACAGUCCCACCUACAACAAGAACCACAACAACAAACCCGCCACAAACUCUACAACGAAUUAAUGCAACAAAUCCAAUACUGGGACCAAUUGAAAAAACUACAUCAGAUACGAUGUACCUUAGCAAUGGCACAACAACACCAGGAUCAAUUAUUUUUAGCAGUUGCUUAUGGUGCGUCAAAAUUAUUAUGUGAGCUCAACCGACAACCCCAUCACCAACCCGAAGGCAUCACAGGAGUAAACCAAUCCGACCUAUUGAAAGUUAAUAAUGAUAAUACAUUUAGCCAAUCCGACCCAUCACCUUCUCUCCAGCCAGCAGUCAAUUGUCCCAGUUCGUCUGGGGGUCAAAACACUCCCGUCCUUCCCUCUCUUAAAGGGCCAUCCGACCCAGAGUCUCUCUCCCCCAAUCUCCAGCCAGCAGUUAAUUGUCCCGGUUCGUCUGGGGGUCAAAACACUCCCGUCCUUCCCUCUCUUAAAGGGCCAUCCGACCCAGAGUCUCUCUCCCCCAAUCUCCAGCCAGCAGUUAAUUGUCCCGGUUCGUCUGGGGGUCAAAACACUCCCGUCCUUCCCUCUCUUAAAGGGCCAUCCGACCCAGAGUCUCUCUCCCCCAAUCUCCAGCCAGUAGUUAAUUGUCCCGGUUCGUCUGGUGGUCAAAACACUCCCGUCCUUCCCUCUCUUAAAGGGCCAUCCGACCCAGAAUCUCUCUCCCCCAAUCUCCAGCCAGCAGUUAAUUGUCCCGGUUCGUCUGGUGGUCAAAACACUCCCGUCCUUCCCUCUCUUAAAGGGCCAUCCGACCCAGAAUCUCUCUCCCCCAAUCUCCAGCCAGCAGUUAAUUGUCCCGGUUCGUCUGGGGGUCAAAACACUCCCGUCCUUCCCUCUCUUAAAGGGCCAUCCGACCCAGAGUCUCUCUCCCCCAAUCUCCAGCCAGUAGUUAAUUGUCCCGGUUCGUCUGGGGGUCAAAACACUCCCGUCCUUCCCUCUCUUAAAGGGCCAUCCGACCCAGAAUCUCUCUCCCCCAAUCUCCAGCCAGCAGUUAAUUGUCCCGGUUCGUCUGGGGGUCAAAACACUCCCGUCCUUCCCUCUCUUAAACGGCCAUCCGACUCAGAAUCUCUCUCCCCCUCUAAGAAGAAAAACUAAAUAUGUGAUGAUGAUGGUGACGGCGAUGAUGGUGCUGAUGAUGGUGAUUUUGCUGAUGAAGGUGAUUUUUCGGGUCAAACAACGGAGAUGGAGGUUCUAAUGGAGAUGUAAUGGUAGUAACGUUGAUGGUGAUUAUGACGCUGAGGAAGAGGAGGAGCUUCGAUUUUUUUUUCCCCAGUAACAUGGCAUUUGCGGACUUCAUAGAAGAGGUUGAUUUAAUUGAAACAGUCGAGAAACUAGUGAACUUGUAGGAUAGGGAAGAGAGUACCAAUGGGAAGGUAGUACCAAUGACGAUGAUUGCUUAUAUAGUUAUAGAAGCUGUAUUUUAUCUCUAUAAAAUAUCACACACAACACAAACACUAUACCCUGUACAAAGAUUGUCAGUAGCUGUUGAAGGAGACUGCAGUCUGCAGUAUGCUAGAUGGUGGUGAUGAUGAUGAGGAUGAAGAUGAUGAUAAUGAGGAGGAGAUAGAUAUGAUGACGACGAUGACGAUGACGAUGAUGACGACGACGACGAUGAUGAUGAUGAUGAUGAUGAUGAUGAUGAUGAUGAUGAUAACGACACAACGAUGAAUUAGGAGAUUUAAUCGUGCCUUCCACUAAGCCGGUGGUGAGGACGGGAUGGGCGAAUGUUUAUUCAUCCCACACAGCGAACUCUGCAACUGCCUUUCGAUCAGCAGUUAUACCAGUAUUAUAUAAUGUAUAUUAUAUUUU